AUGAAGGCCACGCCCCUCAUCAUCAAUUGGCAUGACCAGAACGCCCCCGUCUACUCUGCCCACUUCGAACCCUCGGCAAAGGGCCGCCUAGCCACGGCUGGUGGUGAUAACCACGUUCGCAUCUGGAAGGUCGAAUCCGUCGGCUUGGAACGCAAGGUCGAGUAUCUCUCUACCCUCUCCAAGCACAACCAGGCCGUCAACGUUGUCCGCUGGGCCCCCAAGGGUGAAACUCUUGCCUCCGCUGGUGACGAUGGCAAUGUCAUUCUCUGGGUGCCCAGCGACCUGCCUUCGUCCAACUUUGGAUCCGAUGGACAAGACGACAAGGAAUCGUGGAGAGCUAAGCACAUGUGCCGCUCCAGCGGUGCCGAGAUAUAUGACCUGGCCUGGUCCCCCGACGCCGUUCACUUCAUUAUCGGCAGCAUGGACAACAUUGCUCGAAUCUACAACGCCCAAACCGGCACCCUCGUUCGUCAAAUCGCCGAGCACAGCCACUACGUCCAAGGCGUGACCUGGGAUCCUUCAAACGAGUACAUUGCUACUCAGUCCUCCGAUCGAUCGGUCCACAUCUACUCCCUCAAGACCAAAGACGGCCAGUACACGUUCAACCAGGAUGACAAGCCACCCAGGCUGGCCAGCCAUAUCAAAGCAGACCUCCCUCCUCGACGCAUCUCCUCGAGCAGCCCUGCCCCUCCCGACUUUGGCCAUCGGACCCAGCUGUCCGUUGUCGACUCGAGCACCUCCAUAGGGUCCCCGUCUGCCUCGGCGCCCGGGACCCCGACUUCGUUCGCCGUCCCGAUGAACCCGCCCAGUGUUGUCAGCCACAGCCGACGAUCCUCGUUCUCGUCCCGUCGCUCCGCCUCGCCCGCGCCGUCCAUGCCGCUCCCGGCAGUCAUGCCGAUGGAGGCAUCGCCGAAGCCUCCCUCCAUCUCGGCGAGCCUCGGCAUGGGUGUAAAGAACGCCAGUCUCUAUGCCAACGAGACACUCACUUCCUUCUUCCGUCGCCUCACGUUUACGCCGGAUGGUAGCCUGCUCUUGACCCCGUCGGGCCAGUACCAAACCCAGCACCAAGCGGACAAGGAGGGGGCCAAGGCGACAUACGAAGUCAUCAAUACCGUGUACAUUUACACCCGGGGCGGCAUCAACAAGCCGCCCAUCGCGCACUUGCCGGGGCACAAGAAGCCAUCGGUCGUGGUCAAGUGCUCGCCCGUCUACUAUACUCUCCGUCACUCCACGCCCUCUACCAGGCACAUCACCAUCGACACCUCGUCGGCGGAAGAGCCUCUCCCGUCUCUUCCGGACCCCGUCUCCAAAUCAUCCCUGGCUACCUCGGUAAUGGAUCCUCCUCCUCCGCCCAGCACCGUGCUGGACCAUGCAGCAGGCUCAGCGAAGCCCGUCAAUGCCGACUCGGAUGCGUCUACUCCGGGGCUCAAGUCGGCCUUUUCAUUGCCCUAUCGGAUGGUCAACUUGCACUGCGCCACAUUUACCGACCUUGCGUGGUCAAGCGAUGGGCUCACGUUGGUGAUUUCGUCCUCGGACGGAUUUUGCUCCACUCUCUCGUUUGCCCCCGGCGAGCUUGGGGAGAUUUACAAGGGAGAAACAGGGCCACCGAAAGCCCAUGCAGGAGCAACUUCGUCGACUGCAACGCCGAAUCAGAACACUCCCACCCCAACCACGAGCUUCGCGCCUCUGUCCCCCUUCCCCAACGGUGCAUAUCACCAGCACCGCAACUCGAACACGCCCGUCGUCUCCGACUCGUUCGAACUCGGCAUCAUCCGUGGCCACGCAGUCCUCGCUGCAUCCGUCGACUGGGGUUGUGAGCAAUCCGUCUCUCAUCGUUGGCAACAUGCCGACGCUGACAGCCGCUGGCGGGGGCAAAGCCGGCGGGGUUCCCAUGACGACUCCGCCAGAAACGCCUCGGAGCUCGGGCGGCAGCGUCGCGGGGACGAAGAGGGAUGCGAGUGA